AUGGCGUUCAACUUCAACUGGUCGCCGUUGAUGGCCGACGCGGGCUUUUACACCCGCGCUCAGGACCUGUUAACGGCGGCGUUGAACAAAUCGCCAAAGCCGCCUAUUAUUGUCGACGAUAUCAAAGUUACAGAGUUGAACUUAGGUUCCAUACCGCCGGAUCUGGAAAUUCUCGAAGUUGGCGACCUUGCCGAGGACCGGUUUCGCGGUAUCUUUAAGAUGUCAUAUAACGGCGAUGCGUUUUUGACAUUGAAGACAAGAGUACAGGCGAAUCCUUUGAAUACAUUCCUAGUUACUCGGCCGUCUUUCGCAUCUCCGAAGCCGUUGGCUGCCGCCUCCGGCUUAACCAUUCCACUACAGAUUACGCUCUCGGAGUUUCGAUUAUCGGGAUUCGUCGUGCUGGUCUUCUCCAAACAAAAGGGAAUCACCGUCGUGUUUAGGAACGACCCUCUUGAAUCGUUGAAGGUAUCAUCCACAUUCGAUUCAAUCUCCUUUGUUCGGGACUACUUACAAAAGGCGAUUGAGGGUCAGUUGCGCGCUCUUUUUAUGGACGAAUUGCCUGCUAUUAUCCAUCGACUAUCAUUGCGACUGUGGGUGCCAGAGUAUCGCGAUAGAGAAUCAGAAUCAGUCAAUACUUUAGAUCUGUCAUCGGAAUCAGGUCCCGGCCAAGAUCCUCUUGCAAGCCCUCCUCAGGACCCCGUUGACGCAUCAGGAAAUGCGCUCAACCCAUCAGAGGUCGCUUCAUUAUCGCUGGACUCCGGAGUCGAGAUUCAUAAUCUAUUUUCACACAAGAAUUUGCUUCGACUGGCUGCAUUGACUGACUCACAGCGCACCCUUUCGUUGUUCACACCAUCUAUCAAAGAUGUUGUAUAUAGGGCCUGGACCGCAUCGGCAGAACUUGGGGAAAGCAACACAUUGACAUCACCUACUAGCCCAGUUUUAUCCCGAACUCAUUCUCAUAUUGGUUCUCUGCAUUCAUUCGUCGACAAUGCUAGCACCAUAUCGAUGCAGAGCGGUGGAUCGAGCAACUUCAGCGGUUUUGGAUCAUAUUUAAGACCUGGCCGACACUCUCGGUCUCAUACAAAGAAGCGCAAGAAGCGAGUCGUUGACUUGCGGCGACCAAAGACCACAGAUGACGUGGAUAGUGUUAGCGGAGACAGUGUGUUCUCUUCUGAGAAUGCCACUAGUGCGCCUACGAUUUUCUCAUCUCCAGCUCACUUUUCCGAGGAAAAGAAUGAUGACCCAGUAACUCCACCACUUGGUCCUCAAAAUGAUUUGCAUUUGCCAACUAUUCACGAACGACGACGAAUUAGUCAAGGUGACCAGACCCUCCGGCGCUCUAAUUUAUCAAUGUCAGAGGCUGCGCAACCUUCUUCUAGUCGCUCGGCUCAAAUGAUUGCGGAAACCUGGCCAGAUCCAGACGCGACGCCACGCAAUACGAUCCGAUUGCCUAGCAACGACCGAGCAAGCAAUCGGUUCACAGCCGUAUCUCUGCCGAGCUCAGCAAUUCAAUAUACGCCAACGGUCCCUAUCAACAAUAACAACCCCAGGGAACAGGUCUGGCUGUCCAAAAUGGCAGCUGAAUUGGCUCGCAGAAUGCAAGAACAAAAAAUUGAUCCUUCCGGAUCAAGGCCAUUCCCAGAUUUCUGGGAUGAUCAUAGCCGAGAGGAAAUUCCACCUCCUGCCUAUGGCCACUAA